CUUCAUGCUGUCAGGACGGGAAACACGAGACUCACACUCACAGAUUUAACACAAGUGAGCGCAGCAGAGGACAACACAUCUUUCGGAUCUUUUCUCAGAGAAGAGGAGAGUUUUUUUUUCUAAACCCAGGAAUUAACUGUGGAUGAGUCGGUGUGAAGAGAAGGGGCGAGCGACAUAGACAAACACACAGGGAGAGAGAGAGAGAGAGAGAGAGCAGCUGGAAACGACAGAGAGCUUCAGUAGUGGAGAGAGAGAGGAGGCAGCAGGACGAAGCAUGAAGGAGCUGCUCAUCUGAUUCUGACGACCAAAACACAAGCCGGUGGUGAUGGGAAACACAGACAGUCACAGCAGCUUUGCCUCUCCGGCCAAGCCUUCCUGCUCGCUCAGGUUUUCCUGCAGGAGGGAGGAGGUCCCGUCAGCUCGCAGCUGGUGGAGGAGCAGCCAGGGGAGCUGCAGGAGCCGAGGGAGGAGCUACCUGAACCAGCACGUCGCCGGCCCGCCGUACACGUCCUGGCAUUACGAACACGCAACCAAAGCAGCCAGAGGAGGCCCCAAGCUGAAAGCAGGGUCUCCUCAGAGGUACAGCAGAGCGGAGCGGGCGCAGGGCGGCUGCAGGAGUCAGUUUGGAUACCUGGGAAGUGGUGCCGGUACCAAUGGGAUUUGUGGCGAACGGGCGUCUUUGGAGAGUGGUGGUAGCCCUAAGGUGCUGCUCAGCAAAGAUGGCAGCAUGAGGGUGGAGUUCACCAACAGCAGGGUUGUUCCUGUGGAGCCGCAGGGGCUAACCGGCCUCCCCGCCAUCGCCACCACAACCAGCACCGCUGCAGGCCCAGAGCCGUCCCUCCGCACCAGCAAAGGCAGCUCGCUCAGCUCCGACGGCUCCUGGUACGACUCGCCGUGGGGCAACGGUGGCGAGCUGACCGACAACGUAUUUGUAUGCAGGCAGAGCGUGGAUAACAGCAGCGGAUACACCACCUACUCCUCCACCCGUACGGAGGAAACCGCCACCAGCAGCAGUGGCUACAACGCCUUCUUCUCAGCUCCGGUGGAGGACAUCUCACCUGGAUUUACCUCCACCCUCUUGUUCCCCACCGCAGAGACCAGCGAGUUCACCUCCACCGCAGGUUACAACACCUGCUCCUCUGGGCGAACAGAGGACAGCGGUAUUGGAGACUCAGUGAUUCUGCAGCCUGAUCUUAGAGACUUCAACCUGCUCUCACCUUCCAGUGUUUACAGCAGCCACAACACGCUGGCCGCCUUCCCCAUCGGACCAGAUACCUCGCUGCAGCAGCAGCAGCAGCAGCAGCAGCAGCCGAGGACCACCUCCUCCUCUUCCGUCUCUUCAGGGCUGCUGGAGGACGUCACCCAGGAGGAGGAGGGUUCAGUCAGAGGCGUGAGGAAUCAUUACUCCUCCUGUACGCUGCCCUGUCGCAAGGUCGACCCUGUGAGCACCGCCGCUGGGAACAACCGAAAGGACUUCCUGAAGAGCCGAAUCAGACGGCUGAGCGACUGGACCGGAAGUCUGAGCAGGAAGAAGAGGAGAAUCCAGGAGCCCUUCAACAAUGACUCUGGUGAUGUCUUUAUCAACGGACUGAGCUCUGGUCUAGCUGGCUGCAGCACACUGUGGUCUUCCAACCCCCUGUGCUCCCUGAACCAGAACCACUUCCCCUCGGUCCACUGUGGCGCCUUCAGGAGCCUGAACCAGACCAGCGACGUUCAGCGGCAGAACGUCUAUGAAAACUUCAUGCAGGAGCUGGAGACGGGCUGCAGCAGCGCGGCCGACCGGACCGAGCCUUCAGAUGGGGAGGGAGACGAAGGGGACGAAGAUGAGGGGGAGGAGGAGGCUGAUGGGGAGGUGGAGGUAGGAGGAGGAGAGCAGCUGGAUGUCCUGUUUGAGAAGGAGCAGGGCGUGGUGCGACGGGCCGGAUGGCUCUCCUUCAAGGCUCUGAUCACCGUCAACAAGGACAGGAGGCUGGAGCUGGUCGCCCGCCGCAAGUGGAGGCACUACUGGGUCACACUGAAAGGUUGCACUCUGCUCUUUUAUGAGACAUAUGGGAAAAAUGGUGGCACCGAGCAGGAGCUUUCUCCUCGCUACGCUCUGCUGGCCGAUGACAGCAUCGUCCAGGCUGUCCCCGAACAUCCCAAGAAGGAACACGUCUUCUGUCUGAGCAACUCGUACGGAGACGUCUACCUGUUCCAGGCCACCAACCAGACCGACCUGGAGAACUGGGUGACAGCGAUCCACUCUGCCAGCGCCUCCCUGAUGGCGAAGCGUCAAGGGAAGGAGGACACGCUGCGGCUGCUGCGCUGCCAGAGCCGCUCGCUGCUGCACAAGAUCGACAUGGACGGGAAGAUGAAGAAGAUGGCCGAGCUGCAGCUGUCCGUCAUCAAGGAGCAGAAGAACAGGAAGGCGGUGGAGAGCCAGAUCCAGCAGUGGGAGCAGAACCUGGAGAAACUGAACCUGGAUCUGUUCAGACUCAGGUGUUAUCUGUCCAGCCUGCAGGGCAGCGAACUCCCAAACCCAAAGAGCCUCCUCGCCGUGGCCAGUCGGCCCUCCAAGAGCACUCUGGGACGUCUGGGAGUCUUCUCAGUGUCCUCCUUUCAUGCUCUGGUGUGCAGUCGGGAUGAGGUGACGUUGCGACGCCGUUGUCGGUCCCUGUCUGGAGGAAACAACCGGAGAAGAGGCCUGCCGUCCUCUCUGAAGGCUCUGGAUGGACUGAACAGGCGCAGCAAGGACAGCAAACACUCAGCUCCCCAGACGCUGGACUGUGUGUCCAAACAGAGGGAGGCGGCGCCCUCCACAGGCCGAGCUGCAGCUGUGCAGUUGUGUGAUGAGCAGCAGCUUUCAGCCAUCAGCGUUUUCACUCUGCACAUCUGUCGACCCGACGCAGAGAAAGACUUUGGCUUUGCAGUGACAGGUCAUGUGGACGGAGCAGGAAAAAGUCGCGUCUACGUCAGCGAAGUCGACCCGCUGGGACUGUCGGCUAGAGACGGCCUCAGAACAGGAGACGAGAUCCUGGCUGUGAACGGAGCUGCUGUCUCAGGACUGAACCUGGACCUCAUGCAGAGUCUCUUCACCCACCAGAAGCUCCAGCUGCUGCUCAGGAGAGACGAGGCGCCCAACACCGAGGAGCCGGCCGGCGUCUGGCCCGACCCCAGUGACCCCGCUGACCCCUGCUUCCUGCCACCGACCCCCACCAACCUCCAGGCCUGGACCACAGAUUCGUCGUUCGUCAGUGAUCCAGAUGGCAACCUCACUCCUGUUUUUGAUGACACUUUGACGACGACGCCAUCUGAGGACACUGAGGCACCGGGACAGAACAUGGACCGAGUCUACUCACUGUACCAGACUUUCCCAGAAGGCCAAGCGGCGGACGCAGAUGUCCCCAAAAACCCGUACGGCAGAGAGUUGGGCCUGCAGGCAGCGAGUCCUGCCCACCUGAGUGUUUGUCAGCGUCUGCGUAAAGUCAUCCAGGAGCUGGUUGACACCGAGAAGUCCUACGUCAAGGAUCUGGUGUGUCUGUUUGACAUUUAUCUGAGCCCACUGCAGAAGGAGACGUUCCUCAGUAAAGAUGAAAUGGAGGCGCUGUUCGGCAGCCUGCCUGAGAUGCUGGACUUUCAGAGGGUUUUUCUUCAAACGCUGGAGGAGAGAAUCGCAUCCUGUCCGAACUUCAGCAGCCUGGAAACACUCGAACAGUUCAAGAAACUUCUCUUCUCUUUGGGUGGAUCUUUUCUCUACUACGCCGACCACUUCAAGCUCUACAGCGGCUUUUGUGCAAACCACAUCAAAGUCCAGAAGGUUCUGGAGAGAGCUAAAACAGACGGAGCCUUCAAGCAGUUCCUGGAAGCGAGGAAUCCGACCAAUCAGCACUCGUCUUCUCUGGAGUCGUACCUGAUCAAACCUGUUCAGAGAGUCCUGAAGUAUCCACUGCUGCUCCGAGAGCUGGUGGGCCUGACUGACCACGAGAGCCCCGAACACACACACCUCACAGAGGCGCUGCGAGCGAUGGAGAAGGUGGCGAGUCACAUCAACGAGAUGCAGAAGAUCUACGAGGACUACGGCUGCGUGUUCGACCAGCUGGCUGCAGAGCAGAGUUUAGCUGACAAACAGGUAACGGAGAUCUCGAUGGGGGAGUUUCUGGUCCAUUCGUCGGUGGUCUGGUUGAACCCUCUGCCUUGUCUGGGUCGUCUGAGGAAAGAGCCGGAACUCACUCUGUUUGUGUUCAAACGGGCCGUGAUCCUGGUUUAUCGUGAGAACAGCAAACUGAAGAAGAGGAUGACCGCUUCACGUUCAGCUGAUCUGGACCCCUUCAGGUUCCGCUGGUUAAUCCCAGUUUCAGCGGUUCAAGUCAGACCGGCCAACAUCACAGGCUCAGAGGAUCCCUGUGUGUGGGAGCUGGUCCACAGCAGGUCAGAGGUGGAGGGACGACCGGAGACGGUGUUCCAGCUCUGCAGCAGCGGUUUGGAGACGAAGGCCAGCGUGCUGCGAGCUCUGCGCUGCCUGGUCAGAGACCGAGCGUCCGUCAGCUCCCUGAGGAGGACCAAGCAGUCGACGGCCGAGAGGAGCGGCUCCUGGAGGAGGAGGCAGCAACGCCGUCGCUCCGACACCCAGAGGACGACUCCUCAUCAGCCGGAGGACAGCUGCAGACCCGACGGCGUCCUGGGAGACACCUGCUCGGAGCCUCUGCUGCCCAGCCACGCUGCCGCCGCUGCAGGGAAGAGGACCAGACUCUGCUCCCUGACCAGCGAGCUGGAGGCUCAGCUGCAGAGACUCAACUUCACCGAGGAGGAUUCAGAGAGAGGAGCGACGUCUCGAAGCGAAGAGGAGAAGAGACGGAGCUCCAGUCUGCGCAGAACUGCUGGAGGAGAAGUGGCGGACUUCAGCAACCUGCUGGAGAGAGACUUCAGCGUUCAGAGCAUGACCUCCAUGAUUAAUGAAGACUGCUUCUACGACUCCAUGCUGGGGAUGCAGAAGGCUGCCGUCCCCACGCUGCAGGGCUAAAGCUAACAGGCUAACAGGACGCCAGCUGAGAUCAAACUAAACUCUGAUGAUGAUACUGGAAACUUAUGUUAGGGCGUUUUUUAUUUCUGUUCCGAUCACCAAAAGGUUCCCAGACCUGCACAUGUGGGUCAUCAUUCUCACAAACUGACCAGCUGUCUUUUGGAAUUCAUCUCUUCACGAUCACUGGAAAACAUCUGAUUAAAUGAAUAUGAAAUAGCGAGACUUUCAGCAGCUAGACUGGUUGUGAGUUUGAUAACACUGGAUAACACCUACCUCUGGAAUACCACCUCCAACAACGGAGGCUGCACAAGAUCCAGGUUUUUCCAGAUGAGGAACUCCAAUCCGCUGUGAUGGUGGAUCAGAUUUUACUUUAAUGAUCUCACAAACUCACAACUCAUACAUCCUUCAGCAACAUCUGAGCAAAUGAGGCCAUGACUCGAGUUAAAAACAGAAUAAACCACGUGAUUUAUCUGAACUCUAGCAGAGGAUUACAGCCACGGUGAGGGGAGGAUACAGAGAAGUCAAAAGAGUUUAAGCAAAAGUCUGAAUCUUACUUGAAUAGAAACAUCUUUUGGGGGCAGAAAGUAGCGUUAUAGGAAAGAAACAACACAUUUUACAAGAAAAGCAAUGCAUAGACUAAGUAUAGUAAAAGUAGUGAGUGACUUCAGUCUCUCACUUUCUUCUCAUAAUGUUGAGGCUAUUUUCACUGAAUAUUUAUACUUGAAGCUAACUAAUUGAUUACUUAAGUCUUUUAAAUGUCAUUAUACUUCUUUUUAUUUAUUGACUUCUACAAAAAUAAUGAUUUCACUUUAUUAUUGAUUUUUUUUCCCCCAAAAAAUCUUUUUUUUUUUGCAAAAUUGUAGAAUUAUAUUGAUGAAAAUAGAAUUAUAAUGACAUUUUUGCAAACUUUUUUGCUCUUGUCCACCAGAUUUAUUUGUGAAAUAUCACUUCUUCCUUAAAAUGUUUUUCAUUAAAUAGAUUUUUUUCAGAAAACUAUAAAUAUAUCUUGAAAUAUUACAGCUUUUAGCUCCUGAAACUCCAUCAUGUCAAAUUAUUCUUAAUUUUUAAAGCUGUGUUAUUAGUUAUUUAUUUGAGGAAAUUCAACCUUCAUAUUGUGUUUAUUACUGACUCCGUAUUUUGUAAAUUAAUAACUUAUUUUCCUGAAUUUACAUCUUUAUCACCUCAAAGUGUGAUACAUUUCUAUUAAAGAUAUCUUGAAUUUUUGCAAUUUUUUUUCACCUAAAGUGACACUAUUAUCAUUACGAUAGUAUAACUUUCUCUUGUAAAAUAUGGACAUUUUUGUAUUGGUUAAAGUGCAAAUUUAUUCCAGGAACAUUACGAGUUAAAAAUAUCACUGUUCUUAUACAAUAUGGACUUUAUUCUGUAAAUAUAGCUAUAAUUUCUGUCCAAAAAAUGACUUUUUCUCUCGUAAAAUAUUUCAAAUUCUUUGUCUCAUCAAAGCACAACUUUAUUCUGAUGACAUCACAACGUAUUUCUUAAAAAGAUUUCAUUUUUUCCCCUCACAGUGGCCGUGAUACUGAAUUAAUGACACUCAGCUCAUAAACCAUGAAGGAUAAACAUGAUGUUUUUGUCUCAAAGACAGUCUACAACCUCAGAAGGAUUUUUGUGGAGGAGACGAAGGACCAGAGUUUGUCAGAAUCUAUUUUUUUAAAAGGAUCAAAGCUCAAUCAUCCCGAGUGACCUCAGAAACCGACAAACACAAACAAGCGCUCAGUUUUCUUCUCAUUUCAGGAAGCAUCUGAUUGAAGGAAGAAAAGCUUGUAUUUUCCAUUUUUAACUGACUGAGUGGACACGAUUUGUGUUCAGGAAUCAGAACCGGACGAAUGUUGGACUUCUUGUUGCACUCGCUGCCUGAACUUGUAGACAUUUUUUAAGUUCUUGUGUUGUAAAUAUUUUUGUGUACAGUUUCUUUUCCAGCUGUAGUUUUCUGUUUAACAGAUUGUUUUCUCGACAAAAGCCGUUUCGAGCUGCUGGAUGGGAUCAAAGCCUUUGUAUAUCUGUCAGGUUGACUUGUUGUAUUUAUAUAUCAUGCCAGGUGUGUAUUUCAGUUUUGUGACCGAGGCACUAGAAAGACGACAGUGUUUCAUUUUAAAUGAACUUUUCAAGUGAUUUUUAUUACUUGUUAAGGUAUUUGGUAAUUUAUUUUCCUAAAUAUUUGUGUACAUCUUUUUAAUGACAUGAUGCUGUUAAAGUCCAAUAAAAAUAUUUAAUUAACAA